AUGGCUCUUGUUUGCUCCAUAAGUCAUGAAGUUCCUGAGCAUCCAGUGGUAUCACCUGUUUCUAACAACAUUUUUGAGAGACGUCUAAUAGAAAAAUUCAUAGCUGAAAAUGGAGUGGAUCCUAUUACUGGGGAGGUUCUCUCUGAAGAUAUGCUUGUUGAUGUUAAAGUGAGCCCCGUGGUGAAGCCACGCCCACCGACAGCCACCAGUAUCCCUGCAAUUCUCAAGCUACUUCAGGAUGAAUGGGAUGCCUGCAUGCUGCAUAGCUUCACCCUCCGUCAACAGUUGCAGACAGCACGUCAAGAACUCUCCCAUGCCCUCUAUCAGCAUGAUGCUGCAUGUCGUGUUAUUGCUAGGCUGACUAAGGAGGUUACAGCAGCCCGUGAAGCACUUGCUACUCUGAAGCCCCAGGCUGCUCCAGGCAUUGCCCCUAUUGGGAGCAUGGUCCCACCAAGUCAGCUGGCUGAGCCAAUGGAGGCGGAGGAGGCAGGCAUGAUUGGCAUGUCAGAAGAAGUCAUUCAAAAGUUGCAAGACAAGGCCGCCUUGCUUACUGCAGAGCGUAAGAAGCGUGGUAAGAAGGUUCCAGAAGACCUAAUGCCGGCUGAAGAGAUCCGCAGUUUCCGUGUUCAAUCUUCUCAUCCAGGUCUUCAUAGUGCAAGUAAUCCUGGUAUUUUGGCUUUGGACAUCCAAGCUGCUAACACUAACAAGGUACUGACUGGUGGUGCUGAUCGCAAUGUGGUGGUCUUCAAUAAGGAGACUGAGCAAUUGGAGACCAUACUUAAAGGACAUACUAAGAAAGUUACCCAUGUCAUCUACCAUCCCAACAAGGAUAUUGUGUUCUCAUCCUCUCCUGAUUCUACGAUCCGGGUUUGGGCAGUUGCCAGUGGCACAUGUGCCCAGACGAUUCGGGCUCACGAAGGCGCAGUAACAGGGCUUAGUCUCCAUGCUACUGGCGACUACAUGCUGAGUUGCUCUGAGGAUCGCCACUGGGCUUUCUCUGAUAUCAAUGUUGGACGUGUCCUUACCAAGGUGUCUGAUGACUCUAUUGGUCAUGCAUUGACUUGUGCUCAGUUCCAUCCUGAUGGUCUAAUCUUCGGAACCGGUACUGGUGACAGUGUCAUCAAGAUCUGGGAUCUCAAGGAACGGACAAAUGUGGCCAACU